AUGGCACACUCCUACAACAAUCGAGACUACUCCGACAUCACACUCAAGUUCGCCGACCGAGAGAUCAAGGCUCACAAGGUCAUUCUCUGCACCAACUCGCAGUACUUCAAGAAGCUUUGCGGAGCAGGAAGUCAGUUCGAAGAAAGCAGAGCCACCGAGAUCGAACUCAAAGACGAUGAUCCAGAUGCUUUGGAUGCCCUUUUGCGAUUCUUCUACGACCAAGACCUGACCCGCAACGACAAGGCGGACUGGCGAUUCCAGCUGGAAUUGGCGAAAGUCUCAAACAAGUACCUUGAGGACCGUCUCGAGCAGCACGCCACGUAG